AUGUCAAUGGUUGCAGUGGUGACUGCAAAGUCGUGGGACAAAUUGAUUUUGAGCAGCGAAAUCCCUGUACUUGUUCAAUUUCACGCUAGUUGGUGUGGGCCAUGCAGGAUGGUCCAUCGGGUGAUUGAUGAGAUCGCAUCAGAGUAUUCUGGGAGACUGAAAUGCUUUGUGCUUCGUGCGGACAAUGACAUGCAAGUUGCCGAGGACUAUGAUAUCAAGGCUGUGCCAGUGGUUUUGCUGUUUAAGAAUGGAGAGAAACGCGCAUCUAUUGUCGGUACCAUGCCUAAGGAGUUCUACGUGGCUGCCAUUGAAAGGGUCCUGGCAUUGUAAGCAUGGAUAAAUUCAGGACAAUCAUUCCCUGAGGGUUGAUCUGAGUAUUUCUGAGCAUUUUAUUAGCAUCACUGGAUUUUUCAAGAGUUCUCUCUCGAAAUGGUUUGUAAAUAUUGUAGCAAUAGGUUCUGUGAUGGUAGAAAAGCCCAUUUACUCUUCUGCUGCUGGAAGUUGUGACAUUUUUUGGUACAUAAUUUCAUUGUUCAUCCUGUUUUGUGAAUCUUGAUAUUAAUAAUUAUGUCUAUGCAUUUGAUGCGUCCAUUUGGGAAGGGCACAAAGUUGAAAAUCAGUCAUUUUGGCCAGGCUGGUUUGUUGUUCUCCAAUGUUGUGAACCAGCAUUUGGAAUAGUUGAGUUGCAGUGAAAAGUAUCCAUUCUCCAUUUGCUCUGAU